AAAAAACAAAAAAUCAAUAUUAAAUAAAUAAUGUGAUGCUUUAAAAGGUCAAACCGGCAUUUGAUUUAAAAAAAAUCAAUUGUUUUAUUCGACAUUGACUGAGGCGUUUUUAUAUUGGAAUCUGAAGGGGAUUUUCCUGCCCUGUUGGGUUGCUUUGUUUUUCACGACUGAUGUUUUUAUUUACGACAACUGAAGCUAAUCGUCGCUUCUCCUACUGCUGAUACAAAAAAAACGAGGUACGGAUUCCUUUUUGUCCAGACAGUGAUUUCUGGAUGGACUGAUUUUUGCUGCAUGGCAUUUACAAUUUGCAACAGGUUUGCUUUUUGCGCCUUGUUUUACUUUGAAAACCGUACCCGGAAAUGUGACCUCCUUAAACAUGUCUGUCUUGAUGACGACCGUAAGACUCCGCUCGUUGGUGUAAGCAGCGCCCACGGCUUAAAUGAGCCAUGUUCCCGAGCGUUUCUCAGUUUGGUCACAGACUCGGAUCAGACAGAGACUGCCUCCUCCUCUCCUCCUCUCCUCCUCCUCUUCCUCUGCUCCUCCUGCACACUCUUCAACCAUUCUUUCUCUCUUUCUUGCUCGUUGCCUCCCUCUGUCCGUAUGCGUCUUUUGGAUACCUGUUCUGGAGCGCACCAGUCCACCUGGACCAGCCCGUGUCUCCAUCUUCUCGGCGGUGCCCGCGGAUGCCGCGCUCGCUCUGGUGAUUCCGACUGAAGCGCGUUCGUCCUCGCCACUUUCAGCGUCGUGAAGCCAGACGCAGCGCCAUCACCGGCCGAUGAAGAGGACCACACCGGCGCUGCCGCCGCCGCCGCUGCCGCCGCUGCUGCUGCCCGUGCGCGGCUCCGCCUGAUGGAUUUACCGUCGCUGAAGUAAAAGUGGGAUUUUGUGAGGCUGUUUACCUGGAGAUGGGCAGAGCGGGGGGACGUUUUUAGUCUGGAUCAGAAUCACACCCUGAGCGGAAAUGCACAAAGUGUGGAUCCUCGUCCUCCUGAUAGAGAACGCCGUGGCUCUGGCUCAGAGAACUAAAGGUGAGCUGCGACACUCCCUGAGUGAACAUGGCGGCCAGAGCCCGAACCCGAACGACUGUGGAACGUGGGUCCGUAACAUCAACGGCGGAGUGUUCACGUCACCAAACUACCCCAACACUUACCCACCCAACAAGGAGUGCGUUUACAUCCUGGAAGCCCUUCCCAGACAAAGGAUCCAGUUGGAGUUCGAUAAGAAUUACUACAUCGAGCCGUCGUUCGAGUGCCGCUUCGAUCACAUAGAAAUCCGCGAUGGGCCGUUUGGGUUUUCACCGCUCAUCGAUCGCUUCUGCGGAGGAAAGAACCCGGGCUUGGUCACGUCCACCGGCCGAUUCAUGUGGAUCAAAUUCACCAGUGAUGAGGAGCUGGAGGGCCUGGGAUUCAGGAUCAAGUACAUCUUUAUCGCAGACCCUGAUUUCCAUCUGCACGUGGGUGGACUGCUGAAUCCCAUCCCAGACUGUCAGUUUGAAAUCGGUGGAUGGGACGGCGUCAUCCGCUCCAGUCAGGUGGAAGAGGAAGAACGAGUGAAGCCUGGCGACGCCCUGGACUGUAUCUGGACCAUUAGGGCUCCCCCGCAGUCCAAGAUCUACCUGCGCUUCAUGGACUACCAGAUGGAACACUCCAACGAGUGCAAGAAGAACUUUGUGGCCGUGUACGACGGCAGCAGCGCCAUCGAGAACCUCAAGGCCAAGUUCUGCAGCACCGUCGCCAACGAUGUGAUGCUGGACAACGGCGUGGGAGUGGUCCGAAUGUGGGCGGACGAAAAGAGCCGCCUCAGCCGCUUCCGCAUGCUUUUCACCUCUUUCGUUGACCCUCCCUGUUCGGCCAACACGUUUUUCUGCCACAGCAACAUGUGCAUUAACAACUCCCUGGUGUGCAAUGGCGUUCAGAACUGCGUCUACCCAUGGGAUGAAAACCACUGCAAAGAGAAGAGAUCGAAGGGACUCUUCCAUCAGAUCACCAAGACCCAUGGGACUGUCAUCGGUGUCUCCUCAGGCAUAGUCCUGGUUCUUCUCAUCAUCUCCAUCCUGGUCCAAAUGAAGCAGCCAAGAAAAAAGGUCGUUGCUCGUCGUCCGGGGGUUUUUAACAAAGCUGGACUGCAGGAGGUCUUCGAUCCCCCCCACUACGAGCUUUUCUCCCUGCGAGACAAGGAGGUUUCCUCCGACCUGGCUGACCUCUCGGAGGAGCUGGACAGUUUCCACAAGCUACGGCGCUCCUCCACCAUGUCCCGCUGUGUCCACGAACACCACUGUGGAUCACAGGGCUCGGUGGCCACUGGCGGAGGCAGCAUGAAGCACAGUCGCACCACUCUCAGCUCCAUGGAGCUGUCCUACCACAAUGAUUUCUCCAAGCAACCUCCCAUGAAGACUUUCAACUCCACGUCCAGCUACAAGAAAGGCUGCUACGGAUACAAGCAACACGCACAGACUCACGAUUGUGACCAGCAGGUCAUCGAGGACCGCGUCACUGAGGAGAUUCCCUGUGAAAUCUACGGACGAGGUGCAGGGGAUAGAGGAGGAGCCGCGGGCGGUGGGGCGAUGGGGGGAGCAUCCGGGAUCUCGGGAGGAGGGAUUGGAGGGGCCGUGGGUAUAGCGGGAGGAGUAACGAUCCCUGAACGAAUGGGUAUGUCUGGAGCAAUGGGUAUGCCAGGUGGAAUGGGUAUGUCUGGGGGUAUGUCCGGUGGCGUGGGCAUGUCUGGAGGGAUGGGUAUGUCAGGUGGCGGGGGCAUGUCUGGGGGUAUGUCAGGUGGCGGAGGCAUGUCUGGAGGCAUGGGUAUGCCAGGGGGAGUGGGUAUGUCUGGGGGUAUGCCAAGUGGAGUUGGUAUGUCAGGGGGCAUGAGCAUGGCUGGGCCAAGUGGAAUAGCUGGAGGUAUCACCAGUGGGAUGGCGGGGGCCUGCGGAACCCUCACUAUUCGUGGUAACAGUGCUCGUAACAGCACCACCAUAGUUGAUCCACAGCAACGCUCCAUUUCCAUGGACUUCUAGAUAAAGGGAGAGCGAUCGAGGCCGUCAGACUCUCAUCACGACAAAUGACCAAAGAAGAGAACGUCGGAGUCUCAGUGGUUUUAAACUGAUCAUUCCUGUUGUUUCUUCUGACAUUGGUAUCCCAACAACCUCUCUCCUCCUCUGUCGUCAGUCACAUGGGGAAGUUCAGGAAAAAUAAAAGACAAAAAUCUUGAAUUGGGGGAUAAAAACUGGGGAAAGACUUAGUUCUCUUCUUGUAAAAAAUAAUAAUAAUAAUAAUUGCAGUUUUGUGGGCGGAGCCCACCUCUAACGUCCACUCAUAGAAAUGUUCCCUCACCGUGGAUUUACUGAAGACUGUUUUCGCAUGCAGGUCCUGACUUGUCUUUGCUGGUUACCUAAAAGACAAGGACACCACUCAACUGCAGGACGAGGGAAAGUCGGGGAGACUGCGUUUAUUCAUUUACUCACCUGUCACGCACAGAUAUAUAGUAUACGAUAUAUAAUGUGUCUGCUAAUGAUUUAUUUAACUCCUAAUUUUCGUCAGUGAAUUGUAAUGUUAGAAACGAGUAUAUAUCCAGCCACAUAAUGACGUUUGGCUUUUAGCUCUAUGAUUAUUUGUUUUUAGUUCUUAAUACAUUAUGAAACCACACACGAGAGGUCUGAUGGUAAAGAGGAGAUGUAAUCAGACAAUAAUACAAUACAAAAAAAAAAUCCUUAUAAUUCAAUAAUAUAGCUUGUGAGGUAAUUUGUUGUAUUUCCAGUCUCUCCUCAGGAAGAGCACGACAGAAUUUACUUGGAUUAAAAAAAAAAAAAAAGGUAAAAAAAUGACUCUGUCUGUGCUCUGUCAGCAUUAAAGCAUACGGGCAAUAAGUUUUUGUAUAUGAUUUAUAAAAUGUUUGGUCGUCGGAUCUAAACGGAAUUCAAACGAUUGGUCUCCGGAUGUCCACUUUCACGUACAGGAAGUGUGUAACCACGCACUUCUCUUAUGAUACUGUGUGUUCUGAACAAGCACAAGCAGUUUUUCUAUCCAAAACAGACAUGUAGCCUGAGUGGGACUCAUUUAUUCUUUUUAACCAAUAGCCGUGUAAUUUCAUUCUGUUGAAUUAAAUAAGAUCUUAAUCACCUCCUA